UUUCCUAUCCCAGCAGCCACCGCGUUGCUCAUCAUCCAGCAUGGCGACCAAAUACAACAUAGGAGACCCAGUAUGGGCCAAAAUGAAGGGGUUUUCUCCCUGGCCGGGCAAGGUCGCCAAUCCUACCAAGGAAGUGAAGCGGCCAGCACUUAAGAAGCCAAUGCAGUGCAUUUUCUUUUUUGGUACAAAUAACUAUGCCUGGAUCCAAGAAGAUCAGAUAAAACCAUACGAAGGCAGCAAAGAUCAGUUUUCAAAAUCCAGCAAGACUGCAAGCUUCAAGGAAGCGGUUGAAGCGAUUGAAGAUUAUGUCAAAACCUUGCCCGAGCAGCCAAUCAGGACCUCCGAUCUGCCCAGCAUUGACGAGGAGUUAGCCACAAUUUUUCCUAACGGUUCAGAAAUCGAGAGUGCUUCUGCACGUCCUACUUUUCCCACCAAGAGCAGCAAGGGCCGGCGUAGCACGGUGGAAGGAAACGAUUCCGAGCCAUUCCUGUCGUUAUCCCAGCCCGAAGCAAAAAAGAAGGAAAAUUCCGAAGAGAAGCCCGAGCCCAAGGAACCCAAAAGGAGAAAACUGUCCGACAACUCUCACCGAACGGCGAAGCGGACAGCAUCCGAGAGCAGUAGCACAGGUUCGAGCUCCACGAAAAGGCCCAAGGCAUCCGAAAAGUCCUCUUCGUCCAUACCCCCCAACCACAGUGUGAACAGCGUGCCUCACGUUUCCUCCAAUGCAAUGUCCUCUACGUCCUCUUCCUCGAAGACCGCUUCCAACUUGCUGAGACCAUCUUACGUUGCACGGCCCGUGACACCACCACUGGAUAUUGAACGAGUGUCAGAAGUUUUGAAACAGAAACGGGUGAGCCCCUCGUCAAUGAAGUUUGGUUUCCUGGGCCUGGGAAACAUGGGUCAGGGCAUUGUCAAGAACCUCCUCAACUCCGGACAUCAAAUCACUGUAUGGAAUAGGACACCCUCAAAGUGUCGAGACUUUGUGAAGGCGGGAGCCACAAAAGGCUUGACACCAGCUGAUGUGGUGGCUGCCUCCGACGUUACAUUCUGCUGCGUCGCCAACCCACAUGCUGCAAAAGAGAUGGUCUUUGGCAACUGCGGUGUGCUUCAAGAAAUCAGAGACAACAAGGGAUAUGUGGAGAUGACAUCCAUAGACCCAGACACUUCUCAGGAUAUCUCUGAGGCGAUACUGCUUCGAGGCGGGCGUUACCUGGAAGCGCCGGUGUGUGGGUCCAAGAAGCCUGCGGAGGAUGGGACACUGAUCAUUCUCGCGGCUGGAGAGCGAUCUCUGUUCAACGACUGCGCAAGCUGCUUCGAAGCCAUCGGCAGGCAUGCCUUCUAUCUCGGGGAAGUGGGAAAUGGGUCUAAGAUGAGUCUCAUCAUCAACAUGCUGAUGGGGACCACGCUGGCAGGGCUGGCAGAGGCCAUGGCACUCUGCGACCGCGCCGAGCUCUCCCAGAGAGACCUGCUGGAAAUCUUGGAACUGGGAGACCUCAACUCGCCCAUUGUAUCUCAGAAAGGACAAGCAAUCAUCGAAGGAACCUUUGCCACCAACAUGCCUCUUCAACACCUCCAGAAGGAUCUUUGUUUAGCACUGGGCAUAGGAGAUCACCUGGAGCAGCCCUUGCCAGUGACGGCUGCAGCGAAUGAGGUCUUCAAGCACGCAAAGAAACACGGCUACGCGGAACACGACGCAUCGGCCGUUUAUAUCAGGACUCGGCUCUGAGGACAAGUAGGAGAUGUAUGGGACUGCAGGACGCCAGGGAGACGAUGCUGUUGGAGCUGCUUGUAUCCCAUCCGUUUCUUUUCCCCCCUCCUUUUGUUACAUGCGAUUCUGUCACCUCAUACGAGACCAUUAUUUCCUCCCCCCACCCCACCCCCAAUUGCGACAGCCUCUGCGGAGCCUGGCACCGAACUCUGGGGAGGAAUGACGGGUGUGGUAUCGGAUGCUGUUGCAUUGCUUUUGUACAUCCGAACGAAUGGCACUGACACGCGCGUGCAUUUUAUACGCCUCCUCCUGUACAGCAUCUUCGUUUUUUUGUGUGAGGACAAUACACGUACGUUGUCAGUGCUGAAUCAUCGAUGCGUGCCAGUAAUAUAUUGACCGUUCUGUGUCGAGGCUUAAGAGGAGCAUGCUUGUACAUACUACCCCCCCACAAAACUUCGAAAGGAUGGCACAGAGCUAGUGAAUGAGUUCUCAGAUUGAAAGUGCGCAUUUUUGGAAUAAUGCCUCGUCUUAUUUUGCCGUAUUUAUUAGUUUUUAUGGUACCUUUGCUCCAUGGUCGUCCGGAAAAUCUUUUUCUUUCUUAUUAUUAGUAUUAUUAUUUUUUUAAAGUAUUGAUGUAGGUUGUAGCCACAGCCUGCAUGGCGGACAAUAUUUACGAACACAAUGCAAUAUUCACGUGAUUCGAAAAAAUGUGAACAUCGAGAAAGCACCGGAGGCUCACGGGCAAGGCCGGCUAAUUUUGUAGCGUCCCGCUAGUCCUGCUAUAUUUUUUCCUCUCUCUUUCGUUUAUUUUUUAUUAUUUUUUUCGAGGCAUCGUCAGUCAUCGUUGAGUCCUUCUUUUUUGUCUGCUGUCAUCCCGGUCACAUGUCAACGCAACGAGACAUUGGCUCCAAAGAGCAGAGACAGCAGCAUCCGUUAAACCCCCUCAGCCCAUCUUCUCAGUGUUGUAGCAAAAUGUCACGCGUCAUAUAUUCCCAUGCCAUUGGAUAGUUUCACUCACAGCCGCAGCAGUGCAAGCAACAAAAUAAAGCAUCAUCUUCAUUGUAUUUUAA